GCGACGCGUUUUCCGCUAUUAUGUACAUUUUCCACUAUCUUAAGUUAUACCUACUUAGGUACCUAUCCAAUUCAACUUUUUAAGCCCACUCUCACUUUGUGACUGUUGAUGUCGUUUAAUUAAAGUGAGAGACAAAUAUCAUAAUGGCAUCGACAGCACCUCUUCGUCCUCGAGCAAGGCCGGCCCAUACUCAGGGCUCAACUCACUGCGCCUAUACCCCUGAUGGUUCCAAGCUGGUAACUGUCGGUUCGAAUAAUACGAUUCGACUAUACAAGACAGGUUUCGAUGGCGAGCCUAUCAACAUUGACGAUUGCCAAGAACAGAACGUUAGCGUAGACGCUUCUGAUGAAUUCUUCGUUGUCGGCUCUGAAGACGGUACCGUCAGUCUAUAUUCGAUACCCGAUGCUACCUUCGACAAGUUCCUCCUUCGAUGUUCUCUCCCAAUCCGGGACGUUGCACUUUCGCCAGACUCGAAGUGGUGCGCCGUAGCCAGCGACGAACUAACUGUGAAGCUCGUCCGAACCGAUGACAAUAGCCAAAUCCGCCACCUCAAGGAACACAACAAGCCUACGAAACAUCUCGCUUUCGAUACUAAAGGGUCAAUUGUUACACUGGCUUGUACCGACGGAAUCGUAUAUGUGUAUUCGAUUUCAUCCGAUGAGCCAGAACUUCUGAAGAAAGUUGACGGCGUCAUUGGCGCAUUGGAUACUGAGUCAGAUGUUAGUGCAGAGAUCGUAUGGCACCCUGACGGGCGUGCCUUUGCGGUUCCAACUCCGACAAGAGACAUCCAAGUUGUCUCUAAGAAUGACUGGGAGAAGCAACGAAUAUUUGCCAAUGGUCACAAUGGUGAAGUUACCGCUUUGGCCUGGUCGCCGAACGGUGCCAUAUUAGCUUCCGCCGGCAAGGACAAGAGGAUAUUGCUAUGGGAGACUAAGACCCAGAGCGUUAUUGCCAGGCUCGACUAUACAAACGUGAUAGAUAUAGCAUGGCAUCCUAGAGAUAAUCUAGUAUCGUUCACCAAUUCGGAUGGUGAGGUCUACAUUCAUCCAGACUUUGUACCAGAGCAGUUUGUGCCCCUAUUAAAGCUUGGAAAGCAACCUGCCCCUUUCAUUCACGAUCCUUUAUCGGAAAUUGGAGCAAAUAUCAGAAGGCCUACAGAAACGAUCGUACCCGUGCUCAACCGAAGAAAUAGAGAAGGAAGUUAUGAUUCUCUUAUGGAUGGACCAAUGGAAGACGAUGACGAUUUCGUAGUAGACGACGACGGAGCUGGAUAUGUGAUUAAUGGAAAUGGGAAACGCAUGCAUGAUGAUAUUGAUGUUUUUGGCGAGCCGAUAAGCAAACGUCCUCACCUCGAACCGGAAUACCACGAGGCUUUCCAACCUGGGUCGACGCCGUGGCGAGGCAACCGGAAAUACCUUUGCCUGAAUCUUAUCGGAUUUGUCUGGACCGUAGAUCAAGAUGGACAUAACACAGUUACUGUGGAAUUCUACGACCACGAGUUUCACAGAGACUUCCAUUUUACCGAUACUUUCCUUUACGAUAAGGCUUGUCUAACAGAGAACGGUACUCUGUUCUCUUGUCCGCCUAAAGAUGACGCACCAGCGACGAUAUUCUAUAGACCUCAUGAGACGUGGACAAACCGUACAGAUUGGAGGACGCAGUUGCCGAAAGGAGAGGCUGUCCUCGCUAUGUCAUUGAGCGAGUCUUUUGUAACCGUCACGACCACCGCGAACUACGUUCGAGUCUACACGCUCUUCGGCAUUCCUUAUAAGGUGUAUCGACCGAAGAGUACUCCAAUGGUUACUUGCACAAGCUGGAGAGACUACGUAAUGACAAUCGGCAAUGGUCCUGUUGGUGCGGACGGGCAUACUAGACUGUUAUAUACUAUCGAAAACGUGAAGAGGGACGAGAUCUGUCAAAACGAAGACACCGUAGCGCUACCCGAGGGCGCAACGUUAAAGAGCGUCUUCUUCUCUGACAAUGGCGACCCGUGUAUUUACGAUUCUACGGGAACACUCUUGACCUUGCUGCAUUGGCGCCAACCGUCAAGAGCCUCUUGGAUACCGCUCCUGGAUACUAAGCUUCUCCCACGUCUCGCAUCCGGUCGAAAGACAGAGACAUACUUUCCGAUCGCCGUUGCGGACAACAAAUUCCACUGCAUCAUCCUCAAGGGCGGCGACCAAUACCCAUACUUCCCGCGCCCCCUCCUCUCCGAAUUCGACUUUUCUAUCCCACUUACAUCUGAACCGCCUAAGCAGAAGAAUCCCGACGCCAUGGAUCAGGACGGUACACCGGAGCCUGACGAUGACGACUCGGAGUCGCGCAAGUUGGAGCAGCAAUUCCUGCUUAAGGGCAUCACAGCGGCACAGCUACAGGACCUGGCGGACUCAACAAGCGGUAGUCACACGCAACGGUCAAACCUCGCGCGUCUCGAGCUUGAGAUUGACAAGACGCUCCUGCAGCUCCUGGCCAUCGAGUGUCGUGAGAGUGAGGAUCGCGGCAUGCGCGCUCUCGAAAUCGUCGAGCUCAUGCGCGACCGUACGGGACGCAUGAUUGAGGCGGCGAAUAAGGUUGCCGAACGUUACGGGAGAUCUAUUUUGGGAGAAAAGAUACGCGAGGUUGGCGAGCGUAGGGUUAACGCUAUGGAUGAUGAUUAUUGAGAAGCUGUGCUGAGGAUUUGGUUCGCAUUUUGAUUAUGCCGGCGCUACGAGGGUUACUCUGCUAUGACAGCGGCGUAGGGAGUGUGUAAUAUUUAAGCUAUGAUUAUAUACGUUACUAUAUAAUGCCUGGUUCUAACGGCUAGGAGAAUGGAAUAUAUUAAGUAGAGGUAAUACCCUAAACAUGCUGCAAGUUGAAUG